UCGCUGUGUAUUCGGAUUUUCGUAUUCGAGUAUACACUUUUUUUCGGAUUGAUUUUUUGCUGUCCAAUUGGAGAAGUUCGAACGGGAAAGGACACACAAUCCCCGAGAGAUAAUCAUAGAAGCGCAAUCUCAGAGCAACCAUGUCGGAGGCGGCGGUGCCAGCGAGCAAUGCGAACGCGAAUGCCACUGAGAAGAUGGCCAGUUUGGUGCGAGAGGCGGAGAAUUUGAAGACCAAACUGGAGGAGGAGCGCCAGAAGCUGAACGACGUCAAUCUGUCGAAUAUUGCGGAGCGGCUGGAGCAGAUCGCCUAUGUGAACAUCAAGCCGCGAAAGGUGCUCAAGGGCCACCAGGCGAAGGUCCUGUGCACCGACUGGAGUCCCGACAAGCGCCACAUCAUCUCCUCGUCGCAGGACGGACGGCUGAUCAUCUGGGAUGCGUUCACCACGAACAAGGAGCACGCCGUCACCAUGCCCACCACCUGGAUUAUGGCCUGUGCCUACGCGCCGUCGGGCAAUUUUGUGGCAUGCGGCGGACUGGACAAUAAGGUCACCGUGUAUCCGAUAACCUCCGAUGAGGAGAUGGCCGCCAAGAAGCGCACCGUGGGCACCCACACCAGCUACAUGUCGUGCUGCAUCUAUCCGAAUUCCGAUCAGCAAAUCCUCACGGGCAGUGGCGAUUCCACAUGCGCUCUGUGGGACGUGGAAUCGGGCCAGCUGCUGCAAAGCUUCCACGGACAUUCCGGCGAUGUAAUGGCCAUCGAUCUGGCUCCCAACGAAACGGGCAACACCUUUGUCUCGGGCAGUUGCGAUCGCAUGGCCUUCAUCUGGGACAUGCGCUCCGGUCAUGUCGUUCAGUCCUUCGAGGGUCAUCAAUCGGAUGUGAAUAGCGUUAAGUUCCAUCCUUGCGGAGAUGCCAUAGCCACUGGAUCGGAUGACAGCAGCUGCCGGCUGUACGAUAUGCGAGCGGAUCGCGAGGUGGCAGUGUUCGCCAAGGAGAGCAUCAUCUUUGGCGUCAACUCGGUGGACUUUUCGGUCAGCGGAAGAUUACUGUUUGCUGGCUACAACGAUUACACCGUCAACUUGUGGGACACGUUAAAAUCGGAAAGAGUCUGCCUGCUGUACGGGCACGAGAACAAGGUGUCCUGCGUCCAGGUCUCGCCCGAUGGCACCGCCCUAUCCACCGGCAGUUGGGACUACACCAUACGGGUGUGGGCCUAAGCCAUGUGCCAUGUGGCACCUUAUUGUUGGGGAUGCAUUUGUCCAGGACAGAUGCCGUCUCGCUUUGUUUUCCCUCUCUUCUGAUCUGUUUUUUUUUUUUUUUUUUUUGUGCAUCGCAUCUCUAGGAUAGUUAAGUUACGGAUUCGGUGAUCCCCCAAGUGUGUACAUAUGUCUCAUGUCGGGAUGUCUUGGUUACCGCAGUGUUAUGCUUACUACCAGCUGCUGUACCAUAUUGAAUCUAAAUAUAUACAUGUAUAUGCAUCCAAGUGUAACCAAUAUGCGACUAGUUAUAAGUUCCUGUUCGAAAUAAAUGUUGAGCUAUAGACAAACUUGCUUC